CCGCUGCUUCUUCCUGAUAGCAUGCCAACGCGAUCGACAGAUUCGAUUGUCGACUCGCGGCUUGCAUCCUCCUUUCAUCCGUGAACCUGCCUCUCUCGCUUGCGGCUUUCUUAUCGCAGCACCCAUGACCUGCACAUAGCACCUCCCCUCGUCUGUGCGUGACCCCUGGCGCCCACAACGCUCUUUAUCUCUCCUCUGGCCUGCCGUCCCACAAUCACACGGCACCCGACACACGAUCCUCCUCGUCACGACACACGCAGUCGCCGUCACUGCAGCCAUGGCCGACAACGGCUCGGGCCUCAACGCCCCGGACUCGCUCGAGUCCUCCCAGCUUCUCACCGGCGGUCCUCCUUCGCCCACCCUCCGCCGCCAUCACGCGCGCCGAAGUCGAAGACCCUCGUUCUCGGGCGAGCUUCCAGAUGAGCGCACGUCGCUGCUGCGUCCAGCCCGCUCGCGGAUGCGCAUACACAGCCCUGGCCGGCAAUCGACCAAGCAGCACAGCUUCGUUGGCGAAACUGGCUAUGGUACACGCCACCACAGCCGCGCCCCAUCAUUUGGCCAGCGCCUGAUCGAUGCUCUGGCUGAUCACCAGCAUGAUCCCCUCACCGAGUCCAAGACGAGCGUCUUUGCAGACGACCGCCUCUGGUACGACCAGUUUACGUCAACCGACUGGGUCCACGAUAGCAUCGCGGAUGCUUAUCGGGUCAAGCAGCUGCGCAACCGCAAGGAUUUUUGGGGCAGGCUCAUCGUUCUCUUCGAUGGAGCUCAGGGCUGGAUCCUGAGUGCUGUUGUUGGCUUCUGCGUCGCCGUCAUUGCCUACUGUGUCAACAUUGCAGAAGGAACCGUGUUCGACUUCAAGGACGGAUAUUGUUCCACCAACUGGACAUUUAGAGAAAGGGUUUGCUGCCCUCAUGGUCCCUGCACCGCCUGGCGCCCAUGGUCUGAAGUCCUUGGUGGCAGCGGAGUUGGUGCAGACUGGAUCGAGUUCGUCGUCUAUCUCUUCGCGGUCCUCAUCUUCUCCAUCGCCGCGUGUCUCAUGACCCUCACUACCAAGACGAUCGUCCCCUCCGCGUACCGUAUGUCGACAUUCGACGAGAACCUCGCGGCUGAACAAUACUCGGACAACGACGAUGACGAUGGGACCGGUCCCAGGCAGCCGGUACAGGAGGAGGUCGCAGCCCCUAUGGUGUACUACUCUGCCGCUGGUAGUGGUGUCGCUGAGGUCCGUGUCAUCCUCAGUGGGUUUGUUCUCCACGGCUUCCUUGGUGCAAGGACUCUACUCAUCAAGUCUGCCGGCCUGAUCUUGAGUGUUGCCUCUGGUCUGAGCAUCGGCAAGGAGGGCCCUUUUGUGCACAUCGCCACCUGUGUGGGAAACAUUGCGUGUCGCAUGUUCUCCAAGUAUGACAAUAACGAUGGCAAGAGGCGCGAGGUCCUAUCCGCAGCGGCAGCUGCGGGCGUCGUGGUGGCCUUUGGCGCUCCUCUCGGGGGUGUCUUAUUUGGCCUAGAGGAGGUUGCCUACUAUUUUCCGGCAAAGACCCUUUUCCGGACUUUCUUUUGCUGCAUCGUUGCUGCCCUGUCGCUCAAGUUUCUCGAUCCCUACGGUACGGGCAAGGUGGUCAUCUUCGAAGUGCGGUACAAAAUCGAUUGGGAGUGGUUCGAGCUGGCUGGUUUCAUUCUUGUCGGUGUUCUUGGUGGUGCUGCCGGAGCCUUCUUCAUCAAGGCCUCCCGGGCCUGGGCCCAGAGCUUCCGCAAGAUCGCCCUGAUCAAGAAGUAUCCCCUCCUCGAAGUCGUACUGGUCGCCAUUGUCACAGUCCUGAUCGGAUACUGGAACACUCUCACGCGGCUUCCCGUGGCCAAACUGCUUCUCAACCUUGCAGCGCCAUGCAAUGAUGAGACCAGGGACGAUACGCUUGGUCUAUGUGCGGAAGAGAUUGGCGACAUCCCCCCGAUCAUCCGCACCUUGGUCUUCGCUUUCCUAGUGAAGGGUUUCCUCACCACAAUCACUUUUGGCAUCAAGGUUCCCGCCGGCAUCUAUGUGCCGUCCAUGGUCGUUGGCGGCUUGAUGGGCCGAAUCAUUGGUCACCUUGUCCAGUGGCUGGUCCUGCAAUAUCCAACUGCAGGCAUUUUUGGCGAGUGCGCACUCCUUCAAGACUCAAGCUGUGUACAGCCAGGCGUGUACGCGCUCAUUGCAGCUGGCUCGACCAUGUGCGGUGUCACGCGGCUGUCGGUGACUCUGGCCGUCAUUCUCUUUGAGCUGACAGGCAGUCUCGACUACGUGCUUCCGUUUUCUCUUGCAAUUCUUGUUGCGAAAUGGACCGCCGAUGCUCUCGAACCGCUCAGCGUUUAUGACCUCUUGACGCAGAUGAACUCGUACCCAUACUUGGACAACAAACACAAGCCCAUGUUCACUUCUGAUCUUGCCGACAUCGUGCCGAGGGUUCGCAGAGAGCGCGUGAUCGAUAUUUCGAGCUCCCCUCUCGUUCCCGCAACCGAGCUGAGAGCGAAGCUCGAGCUGCUCCAGCGAGCCGGAGAGCUGGACGGUGGCCUGCCCAUCAUCCGGAAUGAUAUCUUGGUCGGCCUGAUCCCAGCACCUGAUCUCGAGUACGCGCUCGACCGCUUGAAAGACGAGGCGAACGAUCGUUGCCUGAUGGCCGAUGUGCCUAGUAUUGAUGACGACGACGAUAACGCCGUAGAGGAGCCUACAGACUUCACGCCAUAUAUCGACCCUGCGCCCGUCGCACUCGACAUCAAGUCCCCCAUGGACUUGGUGUAUGAAUGCUUUGCAAAGCUUGGGCUGCGCUAUAUCUGCAUUCUCAAGAAUGGUCGUUAUGCGGGCAUGACGCACAAGAAACGGUUUGUAAGAUAUAUCCGCGAUCUCGAGGAGAAAGAGCACUCUCAUUAGUCGACGUGUGAGGUCUCAUGCAUUUUGGGCCCCAGGGCUUGCCACAGCGAGCGUGGUGAAGGGACAUGUCUACGCCUGUCUAGAUUGUCUGCGGGAUGAGCAUGGAGUGCGACACCUGACUUUCUUCGUGUCUUCUGUUUUCUGUUCAUUUCUGGCGUUUAGUUACUUUAUUUGCAUCGUCGUUACGGGCACUCAACUGUAAUCAUCUGAUCAAAGAUGAGCUGGGGGUGUGGCAAUAAUCUCAUUUACUGGCGCGGUCUCGGGAACAUUGCAUCUCUUUCCCCCUUUUCAGCAUAGCAUUUCUAGCCCACAGGCAUUCUCACGGCAUGAAUAAGACUGAUGACAAAUUAUCGGCCAAUGCC